AGGGUCGGAGCUCACUGCAGUUCAGUCUCCUUCAGUUCGCCCUCCAGCCGGUGCGCUUCACUGUAGCCAGUCAGCCUCGGGGAGAAGUUGAUAAAACUUACUUAAGUUGAUCGCUAGUCCAAUCUAUUAACAGAUAGAAUGGCAGUCCCCCCAUGCUAUGCUGAUCUUGGAAAAUCCGCCAAGGACAUUUUCAACAAGGGAUAUGGCUUUGGUCUGGUGAAGCUUGAUGUGAAGACAAAAUCGGCCAGUGGAGUGGAGUUCAAGACUUCUGGGUCCUCUAAUACUGACACCAGCAAAGUGGUGGGCAGUCUGGAAACCAAAUACAAGAGGUCUGAGUAUGGCCUGACCUUUACAGAGAAGUGGAACACUGACAACACCCUGGGUACAGAGAUCACCAUUGAAGAUCAGAUUGCGAAGGGGCUGAAGUUGACUUUUGAUACCACCUUCUCGCCAAACACAGGCAAGAAGAGUGGGAAAGUCAAGACUGCCUACAAACGCGAGUAUGUCAACUUGGGCUGCGAUGUUGACUUUGACUUUGCUGGCCCAACUAUCCAUGGUGCCGCAGUGGUCGGUUAUGAGGGAUGGCUUGCGGGAUACCAGAUGUCCUUUGACACAGCCAAGUCAAAGAUGACUCAGAACAACUUUGCUGUAGGCUACAAGACAGGUGACUUCCAGCUGCACACCAACGUUAAUGAUGGCUCAGAGUUUGGUGGUUCCAUCUACCAGAAAGUGAGCGAUAAGUUGGAGACAGCAGUGAACCUGGCUUGGACUGCAGGCAGCAACAGCACACGCUUCGGCAUCGCUGCCAAGUACCAACUGGACAAGGAUGCCUCCAUCAGCGCCAAAGUGAACAAUACUAGUCUUGUUGGUGUUGGAUACACACAGACCCUGAGACCAGGUGUGAAGCUGACUCUGUCUGCCCUGGUUGAUGGAAAGAGCAUCAACGCUGGUGGCCACAAGCUGGGUCUGGGGCUGGAGCUGGAAGCCUAAAGCCCAGCUCGUGCUCAUGUCAGGGACGAGGGAAUAUCAGAGGAAUCUGGCCUUAAAUCUUUCUCCAACUUAACCAGCAGGGGAAUUCUGGAUGGAAUGGGAUAUGUUCAAAGGCUACAACAAAAGCAAUCAUUUUAGUAUCCAUUGCAGUGGUGUUUAUUUUUCCCCUUCCUGGUCAUGGUGCCCAUUUUUGGUUUGUAGAUGUUCAUUUCCUCAUCUGAAUCCAGCACUGCCAUGGCAAUGAAAUACUCCAAUUGCAUCAGUGGGCAUCUGAGCCCACAUUACCUGUUCAGCAAGACGUUGGUGAUCUGGGGGAAUGUGACAAACUACAUUUCCAAUUUCACUGUUGCUAUCAUCUGAUAUUCCUUAGUCGUCUGAACACAGCUUGUGCAAACGCUUAACUCAAUUUUAAAGGUUAUACCUUCUAUUAUUUAAACACCGUUACAUGUUUUGUUUUGUUUUUUCCCUCUUCUCUUUUCCAUACACACAAGGACAUACUUAAACUGUGUUGUACCAUUUUUGCUUUGUCAGCCAUCGGGAUUGAAACAUAGUUGUACUUGAAGCCUGCCCUUAAACUAAGCAGUUUUUGGGUGGCCUAAUUGGGUUACUGUCUGAAAGUAAUGGAGCUUGAAAUAGGAAAGCAUGGCUGACUUUUUGUUUUCUGCACAGACGACUAGGUGAAGCUUGUGGUAAUGCCAAAUUGGGUACUCUGGAUGUGAUUUGAGUUUAGUACCUGAAGCGUUCAGUGUCACCUUCAUGACCCUGACUUGCUGAAGUUGUGCUUUCACAAAACCUUAGAGGUCCUUAUGUGUAUGUGUAAACUUUUCAAUAAAGUCUUUGAACUCCA